AUGACGAGUAUCGCCAAUCCCAAGUUAACAACAUCUAUGCUGUCUACAAAUACAAAUAGCACCAAGAAUACAUCAUCAUCAUCGAUCAAAAAAGAAGUCAACAAUAAUAAUACAUCACGAUCAUCAAAUGGAAAUACUUCUAAAUCGCCUAUCAAUAAUAAAAAAGAACCUGCUCAAAGUUCACAAGUAAAACGUAAAAGUCGAGUUCUAUCUAGUAGCGACGAAUCAGAUGAUGACAACCAAUCAUUGGCAAAAAAAGCUGCCGCCUUAAAUGGGCAAAUUACAUCAACAUCUGUUGCAGUUAGGCAUGAGCAAAAAAAAGACUCCAGCCCAACAAAAAAAGAUACUCCCGAAACACCUACAAUUAAAAAGGAACCUGUUACCCCAGCUGUUAAAAAAGAAACAACUCCUGUAGUUAAAAAAGAGUCAACAACGCCUGUUACUGUUAAACAAGAGCCUAAAUCGGAAUCGGCGCACUCAAAGCGUAAAAGCACACAUGUUGAUACCGACGACGAUGAUAUACCGUUGGCGAAAAAAGCUAAAAAUCAAGCUCAACGCAAAUCAGUUCCAGUUGUUGUAAAAAAAGAGAAAAUAUCAGAUGCUAGAUCAUCAUCAACAGGAAAAUCAUCAUCAACAGGAAAAUCACCAUCAGCAUCGUCUUCAUCUAAUAGAAAAUCAUCGACAAAUGCUAAACAAGAAAAAAGCACAGCUAAAAAAGAAUUAAAACCAACAAUAAGUUCAUCGCCAACAAAAGAAUCAACUGGAAAACGAAAGAAAAAAGAAGAAGACGAAGAUGUUUGGCGAUGGUGGGAAGAAGAAAAAUAUACUGAUGGUCGUAAGUGGACAACACUCGAACAUAAGGGUCCACUAUUUCCACCUCCAUAUGAAUCUUUACCACCACGUGUAAAAUUCUUAUAUAAUGGUACGGAAGUUAAAUUAAAAGAUCCAGCAGAAGAAAUAAUGACAUUCUACUCGCGUAUGUUAGACCAUGAUUAUACAUCGAAAGAAGUUUUCAAUACUAAUUUUAUGGCUGAUUGGCGUAAAUCGAUGACACAAGCUGAACGUGAAUUAAUUAAAGAUAUUCGUAAAUGUGAUUUUACUCAAGUGGCUAACUAUUUUAAAGAACAAACUGAACAAAGAAAAGCAAUGAGUAAAGAAGAGAAAAAGAACCUUAAAGAUGAAAAUGAAAAAUUACGAAAAGAAUAUGGCUAUUGUAUGUGGGAUAAACAUCGGCAACCAGUUGGAAAUUAUAAAAUUGAACCUCCUGGUUUAUUUCGUGGCCGUGGUGAACAUCCUAAAAUGGGUUGCGUGAAAAAACGUAUUCGACCAGAAGAUGUCAUUAUUAAUAUUGGUCGAGAAGCACAUAUACCAAAGCCACCUGAAGGACAUCAUUGGAAAGAAGUUAGACAUGAUAAUAAAGUAUCAUGGCUUGUGAUGUGGACAGAAAAUAUUCGAGGAAACAAUAAGUAUAUUAUGUUAAAUGCUUCAUCCCGUGUUAAGGGUGAACGUGAUUGGCAGAAAUAUGAAAAGGCACGAAAACUGCAUAGAGUUAUUGAUAAAAUACGUGAAAACUAUCAGAUUGAUUGGAAAAGUAAAGAAAUGCGUAUACGUCAACGUGCAGUUGCAUUGUAUUUUAUCGACAAACUUGCACUUCGUGUUGGUAAUGAAAAAGAUGAAGACGAAGCUGAUACUGUUGGUUGUUGUUCAUUACGUGUUGAGCAUAUUAAAUUAUACGAUAGAAUCGAAAGUAUAGGCGAAAAUAUAGUCGAAUUUGAUUUUCUUGGUAAAGAUAGUAUUAGAUACACUAAUAAAGUCAGUGUCGAAUCACGUGUAUAUAAAAAUUUAAAACUAUUUAUGGAAAAUAAAGAAGACAAUGAUGAAUUAUUCGAUCGUUUGACGACAUCAGGUCUCAAUCAAUAUUUAAGUGAAUUAAUGGAUGGACUUACUGCUAAAGUCUUUCGAACAUAUAAUGCUUCAAAAACACUUCAAGAUCAAUUAGAUUUACUUACGAAUUCAAAAGCAAAUGUUCCAGAAAAAGUUCUUGCUUACAAUCGUGCUAAUCGCCAAGUUGCAUUACUUUGUAAUCAUCAACGUUCAAUACCAAAAACGUUCGAAAAAAGCAUGGAAACACUUAAAGCUAAAAUUGAUGCAAAAAAAGCUGAAGUUACUGAGCAAAAAGCAGAACUUAAACGAACAAAACUUGAAUGUAAGAAUUCUAAAAGCCAAGCAUCUCAAAAGAAAUUGGAACAAAUUGAAAAGAAAUUUCAACGUUCUGACGACGCUUUGAAAAAACUUGAAUUACAAGCACUUGAUAGAGAAGAAAAUAAAGAUAUUGCACUAGGAACAUCGAAACUUAAUUAUCUUGAUCCACGUAUUAGUGUUGCAUGGUGUAAAAAAUGGAAUGUACCAAUCGAAAAAAUUUAUUCCAAAACUCAACGUGAUAAAUUCCGUUGGGCUAUCGAUAUGGCAACCGCUGAUUAUCACUUUCACAAUUAUAAAGGUGAAAUUGUUUUGCGUAAUGUCGACGAAUCAAAUAAUAAUGGCGAUGAGGAAGAUGAUGAUGAAGAACAAAAUUCAGAUGAUGAGUGA